AUGGGCGAGCUCAUCAUUCCCGACUUCGGCAACGCGUCGGCCGCUCUAUACAACGGAACUACAGUCACCCCGUUCAUUCUUUCCUCGAAAUAUGAUGGCCAACCUGGUAGCAUGUCACAAUUGUUCACUGAGAACGAGAACCCCUAUGACACUACUUCGAGCCAUCACUCCAAUGGCAUUGUGGUUCUGGUGGCAUUCUGCUGUGCCCUCGGCUGCGUCUUCCUUAUCGUCGCCGCCGGUGUGAUCAUGAACAAGAUCCAGCGUCGCCGCCAGGGCUAUUCUGCCGCCCCGCAAUCGUUUGGCACUGACCGGCCAAGCGAUAUGCAGCGCGUACCACCCGAGUACCUCUUCAAUUCCAUCGGGCAGGCGAACCCGACUGCCCCGGCCAUUUAA